AGUUGCGUUCACACCGAGGCAAAAAAAAAAAAAAAAACCGCUCAUGGUGCUCCUGUCCGCCAUAUAAGCAUGGCCCAUGGGCUACCAUUCUGAAGCUCCAACUCACUCGCCAUGGCAUCUGUUUCGAAGCUUCUGCUUCUCCUUCUGUGCACCUAUCUUCACACUCUCAUUGCUCACGCAGGAGACGAUCUUCGCAGCUACAAGUUUCUGCCCGUCGGCUCUCUGAAAUCUGCCGCCGUCAGCUGCUCCCUGCCCAAAGUGGCUCCAUCGUCCGGCGUCGUCACCGUGCCGUUGCACCACCGGCACGGCCCAUGCUCCACUGUCCCGUCCACGAAUGCGCCGACCUUGGAGAACAUGCUCCGGCGUGACCAGCUCCGGGCCGCCUACAUCACACGGAAGUACUCCGGCGUCAACGGUAGCGCCGGUGACGUGGAGGGAUCGGACGUUACCGUGCCGACCACGCUGGGCACCUCCCUGGACACGCUGGAGUACUUGAUCACCGUCGGCAUGGGCUCGCCGGCCGUGACCCAGACCAUGCUCAUCGACACCGGCAGCGACGUGUCAUGGGUGCAGUGCAAGCCGUGCUCGCAGUGCCACUCGCAGGCGGACUCGCUGUUCGACCCCAGCUCGUCAAGCACCUACUCCGCGUUCUCCUGCACCUCCGCCGCCUGCGCGCAGCUUCGCCAGAGAGGCUGCUCCAGCUCCCAGUGCCAGUAUACUGUCAAAUAUGGCGAUGGUUCGACCGGGAGCGGGACGUACAGCUCCGACGUGCUCGCGCUGGGCUCCAGCACCGUCGAGAACUUCCAGUUCGGGUGCAGCCAGUCUGAGUCCGGCAACCUUCUUCAAGACCAGACCGCCGGGCUCAUGGGGCUCGGCGGCGGCGCAGAGUCUCUCGCCACCCAAACCGCGGGGACCUUCGGCAAGGCCUUCUCGUACUGCCUCCCGCCGACUCCGGGCUCGUCCGGGUUCCUCACCCUCGGCGCAGCAACCUCGGGUUUCGUCGUCAAGACGCCGAUGCUCAGGAGCACACAGGUCCCGUCGUACUACGGCGUGCUCCUUCAGGCCAUCAGGGUGGGAGGCAGGCAGCUCAACAUACCCGCCUCGGCCUUCUCCGCGGGGUCGAUCAUGGACUCCGGCACCAUCAUCACGCGGCUGCCGCGGACCGCCUACUCUGCGCUGUCGUCGGCGUUCAAGGCCGGCAUGAAGCAGUACCCGCCGGCGCAGCCCAUGGGCAUCUUCGACACGUGCUUCGACUUCAGCGGCCAGUCCAGCGUCAGCAUACCGACCGUCGCGCUGGUGUUCUCCGGGGGCGCCGUCGUCGACCUCGCCUCUGACGGGAUCAUUCUGGGCAGCUGCCUCGCCUUCGCGGCCAACAGCGACGACACCUCCCUCGGCAUCAUCGGCAACGUGCAGCAGCGGACGUUUGAGGUGCUGUACGACGUCGGCGGCGGCGCCGUGGGGUUCAAGGCUGGCGCAUGCUGAUCGGCUAACACCGUGGGUCUCCGGCUCGUUGUAUGCCUGUUUGCUGCUGCGAGCUAUAGUGAACAUGAUGCAAGCCAGCAAACUACCAACCAAAACAUAGUCUUGAACUCGUAGUCGGAGUUGGAAAUGAACUCUGAACUCUCGUAGUCGGAGUUGGAAAUGAACUCUGAACUCCAAAUCUGUGAAAUUAGCACACUCUACUCCUAAUAUAAUCCCAGCUUGCACCCCAAAAAAAUAUAAUCCCAGCUUAUCCGGGCUCUUUUUCCA